CAUUAUUAAGAAUGAGAAAUCCCUUCGAAAUAAGUUUCCUUUUUCCGGCUGUCUGGACUUUUCACUUUUACGGUAAAUAAAAGCCGCAGAUCAUCUGUUCGGUGCACAUCGUAAUAGAACGAAUACAAGAAACCAAAAUCGCUCGAAUUUUCUCUGGUUGCUCGUGAUUUUCGUUUUGCAGUAGGGUUUUGAGCUCUUUCUUCUCAAAUCAAUUUCUAGGGUUUUCUUUCUUCGAUGGAUUGGGGAAAUGUAACUGCUGAGGAUCUGAUCGACGCCCUUCGCGAAGUGGAUUGGUCGUCGCCGCCGCGCUCUUUCUCGGAGUUCUUCUCUCGAUUCACCGUCCCCAGAUCCUACGCCAAAUGGAACAGCCGCCUCAAAUGCAAUCUAUACUACUAUCGGACCAAUUACUUCAUAAUGAUCGUUCUCAUUCUUGGUUUGGGUUUUCUUAGAAGGCCACUUGCUAUUUUGGCUGCUAUUUUAAUAGCUCUUAGUAUCGCAUUCCUGAAUGACAGCUUUGCCAGUACAUUUAGUGAGAAGGUAACAAGAACUGUGAGGCAAUUCUCUCCACAUUUAGCUGCAAAAAUGAGGCCUCCUCUUACGCCUGUUAUUCGUGGACGUCCAUCAGCUAAAAGAGCAGUUUACAUAUGUGGUCGUCCUCGUUGGGUUUUUGUCUUUAUAUCAUCUUCUGUGAGUUUCAUCCUUUGGUAUGUAUCCUGUGGUAUUUUGACCGUUUUAUGGGCACUUGCCAUCGGACUUCUUGCCACUAUCCUCCAUGCCAGCUUUAGAACACCAAACUUGAAGGCCCGUCUUAACACAUUCCGGGAGGAAUUUCGUGCUGUUUGGCGCAAUUAUAGUGAGCUGUAGCUCACAAGGUUUCUUGGAUGCAGCGGUGGCACUGUUGAUCAUGAAGCUCGUGAUGCUGCUAUUAUAAUAUUGGCUAGGCUUAUCUGAUUCUGUUGCUACAAAUAGUAUUUCUGGCUAGAUUUGGGGUGAUCCCUGCUAAUCUUUGCAGAGAAGGCAACAUGAUGUAAAUUGUCAGGACCUCUUAUUUCUGUAAAUCAGAGUUUUUAAAGUCCCCAUGUUUAGAGAAAGUUGGAGGAUGUUUUCAUUUGCACCCCAACCUUAACAGAACUCCCCGGCCCCCGCGCCUUCCUCCUCAAUGGUGAAAAAAGCAGGAAUUUUACAAGCAGUGAGUUAAAGCAUUUGUAGAAUUCCAGAGUCACCGCAGAAUUCUCUUUCUAGACGUUUAAUUCUUGUUGCCCAUAAACAUUAAUAAGGAGUUUAUUGUGUGAGUUCAAAUCAAUAGCAAAUAUCAUGCUUUUAGUUUUAAGAGAUUUUUGUGAAUGAUUUUAUACAAAUGCAUGGCUUUUUCUUCCCUAGCAUAUGCUCCGCUGUGAACUCUUUGAUUUUGCUUUAGAACGAAGGGUUUUGUUUGCUAGGGGCCUUUGGAAAUAUGGAAUAAAGCAAUUAGUUUUUC